CGGAAGCAUGGUAUUGUCUGUCGAUGAGCUGCCGGAGUCAGUAACUGAUUGAUGUUCUGAAAGAACGGUCCAACUGAUACCAUGAAACUGUUGGUGGUUUUAGCCUUAGCUGUGGUAGGAGUUGCCACAGCCAGCGUAGAAGGUCCAAAUGCGCGGAUUACAGGAGGCGCCAACAGCGUCCCAGGCCAAUUCCCGGCCGUCGUAAGCAUCGACUCGCCCUACAAUCUGAACUGCGGAGGAACAAUCCUGAACCGUCAGCAUAUACUCACGUCAGGAUCAUGUGUCAUGCACCCAACCACCUUCACCCUCAUCAACCCCUUCUGGCUACGAGUGAUAGCCGGUGACGUCAACCUCGUAGUCCCAACCAUCCGCCGUGAAGUUCGUAACGUCACCCAUCUCUUCGUCCAUCCGAACUACAACCGCCUUACUGGAAACAACGAUCUGGCCGUCAUCCGGGUGAACAAUCCCUUCCCGGAGUUCCACAAUACCAUCGAACCGACCCUGAUCAACAACCGAGUCCUGGCCGACAACACCCAGUGCCAGUUCGCUGGAUGGGGAGCGACCACAAACGCCGCUACAGCUCCACUUCUCCCAAAUCAGCGAUUCAUCACCGUUCCAAUCCUUCCAACCGCCCAAUGCAACGCCGCUAACGUUCACCAAAAUCGGGUCCUCACCACCAUGAUCUGCGCUGGAUCGAUCCCGGCCAAUGCCAAUACCGUCUGCCAGGGUAACAUCGGAGGUGGGUUGUUCUGCAAUGGGCAGCUUACCGGGGUGCUGACCUUUGGGCUGGCCUGCGGAGGAGCUAAUCAACCGGGCGUCUAUAUCGAUGUGCGUCAGUACCAGGCGUGGAUCAACCAGCAGUUCACCCGUACCGAUAAUCCACCUCCAGGCUGGACGCCACCGCAGCCGCUGUAAAGCACAAAAAAAUGCAAACCGACACGUUAGUUUGUAAUCACUGAUUCGAUAAUAAAUACGAUACACUUAACCUUUUGA